CCGAAAAUGGAUCUAAUCGCUUUGCUUAGGACGGACGGGUCCGUGGUAGUGCUCCGCACCAUAUCGUGGCAAAGAUUGAAUACGCUGCCCGCAGCCACUCUUCAGGAUGAAAAGCGCGUCACAGCAAUGUCUUGGAGUCCGGAUGGCAAUGUGCUGGCUUUGGGUCAUGCGCAAGGGGCCAUUUCUUUUUUGGACGUGGAAAAAGGCGAGCGUGCCAGACAACCACUCGGCGCGCGUCCCGCUUCAGCAGUUCAGCAGGGGGUGGAGGCUUUGCAAUGGUUCACACAGCAACGAGAGCCUGCGACCAUGUCAUCGGAGGACUGGGAGAAAAAUCUAACACAGGCCGCAGGCAAGUACUAUUUAGACCGGGAUGCCGUUUUUUGGGAGGAGCUGCCCCCUCUAGGAUUGCAGAGUGGCAGUUUUGCA